UGCAAUAGGCCACGUGACCCUCCUCAGUAGUUCCCAGGCGGUCACAUCGGCGAGCUGGAGACUAUGGAUCAGAGGGUUGGGUUGUUUGUUCUUCUGGCGGCAGGCCUCCUCUGCCUCAGUUUAGCCCCUGUCUCUCGGGCCGAGGACCUGGUUGAGGACAUUCUGGGUGACGACAUGGACGUGGAGGAUGAGCUGGAUCUGGGUUUGGCUGGAGCCGAGGAGGAGGAACUGGAGGAUCUAGAAGGGGACAUGCAGGAUGAGGCUCCACCUGCCCCUAAAACUCCUCCUACACCGAAGGUGACCUACAAGGCUCCAGAGCCAAUGGGGGAACAUUUCAUCGCAGAGUCUUUUGACCGGGGGACACUUGAUGGCUGGGUGGUGUCCAGCGCCAAGAAGGAGGAUGCUGACGAAGACAUCGCUAAGUAUGAUGGUCAAUGGGCGGUGGAGGAGAUGAAGGACAGUAAACUGCCUGGAGAUAAAGGUCUGGUCCUGAAGUCCCGAGCCAAACAUCACGCCAUCUCAGGCCAGCUGCUGCGUCCUUUCACCUUUGAUACCAUGCCCCUCAUCGUCCAGUAUGAGGUGAACUUCCAAUCCGGUAUCGACUGCGGCGGCGCCUACGUCAAGCUGCUGACUCAGACCUCUGACCUCGACCUGGACCAGUUUGUGGAUAAAACUCCGUACACCAUCAUGUUUGGACCCGACAAAUGUGGAGAAGAUUACAAACUGCACUUCAUCUUCAGACACAAAAACCCCAAAACUGGAGUGUACGAAGAGAAACACGCCAAGAAACCCGACGCUGACCUGAGGACGUACUACACCGACAAGAAAACACACCUGUACACACUGGUGGUGAACCCUGACAACACCUUUGAGGUGCUGGUGGAUCAGACCGUGGUGAACAGCGGCAGCCUGCUGGCAGACGUGACCCCCCCUGUGAACCCCCCAGCUGAGAUCGAGGACCCCGACGACCAAAAGCCAGAGGACUGGGACGAGAGGCCCAAGAUCCAGGACCCCGCCGCCACCAAGCCCGAAGACUGGGAUGAGGAUGCUCCUGCCCAGAUUCCAGAUGAAGCUGCAGUCAAACCUGACGGCUGGCUGGAUGAUGAGCCAGAGUACAUCGGAGACCCUGACGCCGUCAAACCUGAAGACUGGGACGAGGACAUGGACGGCGAAUGGGAGGCUCCUCAGAUCCCUAACCCCGCCUGUGAGACCGCCCCCGGCUGCGGCGCCUGGAAACGACCAAUGAUUGACAACCCCAGCUACAAGGGCAAGUGGAAGCCCCCCAUGAUUGACAACCCCAACUACCAGGGCAUCUGGAAGCCGAGGAAGAUCCCCAACCCCGAGUUCUUCGAGGACCAGCACCCGUUCAGGAUGUCUCCGUUCAGCGCUCUGGGGCUGGAGCUCUGGUCCAUGACCUCCGACAUCUUCUUUGACAACUUCUUCAUCACCAACGACCGCAACGCCGCUGAUCGCUGGGCCGCCGACGGCUGGGGCCUGAAGAAGGCUGCCGAGGGCGCCGCUGAGCCUGGUCUGGCAGCUCAGAUGCUGAAUGCUGCCGAGGAGCGUCCAUGGCUCUGGGUCGUCUACGUCCUCACGGUGGCUUUACCGCUCGUCCUCAUCAUUGUCUUCUGCUGCACCGGCAAGAAGAAGAGCCCAGCGACGCCGGCGGCAGAGUACAAGAAGACAGAUGAAGCUCAGCCUGACGUGAAGGAGGAGGAGGAAGAGGAGGAGGAGGAGGAGAAGGCUGAAGAGGCUGAAGAGGCAGAGAAGAGCAGUCCAGUGGCAGAAGAGAAGAGUGACGGAGAGGAGAGCCCUGCAGAGAAAGAGGAAGAGGGAGCUGAGAAGGAGGAAGAGAAGGAGGCGACAGGUGACGAGAAGUUGGAGGACGACGUUCUGCGGAGAUCUCCCAGGAACAGGAAGGUCAGAAGGGACUGAUAUCUCUGAAACCACAGCCCUGACCUCAACACCCCCCUACCCCCACCCACCCCCCAGAAUGCCCCCCCUCCCUCCCCUUCUUCUACUCCUCUGCUCCGAGGUGAUGAAGCCUAAAUGGAACCCGUCUGAAGCAGUGAAGCCGACAGGAAACUAAUCAAGACCUCCAAUAUGGACGCCUGAUGAUGAUUACGAUGGUGAUGAUGAUUCCAGUGUGAGCAGGACUGAGUUAGUGUGAUUAAAAAGGAUUUUUGUUUUCGAAAGAGAUUAACUGAGAUUAACUAAAACUUCCUGCAUCAUUCCUUAACAACACCUGAGCAGCAAGCCACGGGAUCAACUCGGUCCGUCCCGUCUGACGCACCGCCCGCUGCUCACCGCCCGGCGCCACCUUGAGCUAACAAGUUCCCCGCCCUACCAACAGCUUGCUAAUUAGCUCUCAGCAGCUUGCUAAUCAGUGUCCUGACAGAUGGAUGUUUGGGUAUCAACACCCACUAGUUAUUUUACAAUCUGAGCUAGCCUACCAUGAUCCUGCUUGGGCUACUAACACAUUGCUAGCCUAUCUUAAUAAUUAAGCCAUGAGCCGUUAAGAUUAUCCUGCAGUCAGAGGAUUACCCAACCAUAAAUCCUGUUAAAUAGGCUACCAAUAGGCUGCUGGUAAGACCGCUAAUUGGGUACUGAUUGAUAAACUGUGGAAUUCACCAACCAAAUGUCUUGACAAUUACCUAGCAACAACAUGCUAAUUAGCCCACAAAUAUUGUUAUUAACUUUAAAGCAACUAUCUAGUGUGCCAGGCUAGCAACUAGCUUGGAAGCAACGCGUAAAAUUCACCUGCUUACACUUGAUUUAUUAGCCUUUGGGGAGUCUGGAAAUUUAUUAUCCUGAAAAUGGUUUGGGAAUUGGCUCACCAAAAGUAUUGCUAAUUGGUCUCCUAGCCUGCUAAUUAGCUCAUGAGCAAAUUGGUAGUAAUUUGGCUACUUGUACUGCAAUUUUAAGUAGCAACUAACAUCCUACUUGAUUACAGUCUGCUGAUUAGGGUAACAGCAGGCUGCUAACAAGGCUACAAUAAUUCUAAUUUACUUACCAACAACUGGCUAAUUAGCUGGCUUAAAGCUAAUUCACCUACUAACUAGGCUUGUUAGCCUUCCUAGAUUUUACACAUUAGCUAGCUAGCAUCUUUAAGUAACCCACAGUUUAGUGAUUUGCCAAAGGAGGCAACAGCUAAUAUUUAAAAAAGAAAACGGAUGACACACUCCAGAUGGCACAAGUUUUCAACAACAUUUUCUUGUCAUUUACUUUUUCCUAAAGCUGUUGGCUCCAUGUUAGCUCCAUGUUAGCUCCAUGUUAGCUCCAUGUUAGCUCCAUUUCAAACACACAGUGCUCAUGUUUUCUCCCCUGAACAAGUCUCCUCAGUAUUUCUGCUGUUUUUUUGUCCUGAUGGUAGCAGGGAAGGUCAGAGGUCAACCAGGCUGAAGCUCUUAGAGCUGGAUUUAAGUGUUGAUGUAGCCGUCAGUCAAAGGUGAGUGACAGGUGUUUGUUGUCUGGCCUUGAGGUGGAUCUUGUCAGAUCGAUCCUGACUGAGCGUGUUGAUUACUGGCAGCAGCAGAUGAGCUUCUGACACCAAAAACCUGUUAACAAGAUAGGAAAACCUCAUAUGUCCAGUUGAUGUUUUGGUGUUGUUAUGAACAGAACUUUGGAGAUAUGAGGUUUUCACUCUCCAUUAUUGUAGACUUUUAUUCCAGCGGCUCCUGCAGUCAUCGGCCCCCCUCCCUCCUUUCUUUGUGAGAUUUCAGUCCGAACAAACACGACAGCAGCUCGUAUCAUUGGUUGGUUCUUCCUGUCCACUUUACUGUCCUUGUCCAUUUAGACAUUUUGGUCCCUGAGUUUUGCCUGUCAGGGAGAUACAGAUCCUGACUCCUGCAGAGAGUUUGGCAUGCUCUGAGGUGGUUUCUCUCCUGACAUUUCAGUUUCAGACUUUUGUUGUGAAAAUGCCUGCACUUCCAGGUGUUUCCUGCUUUCUUUACCUUCUACUUCUAUUGGUUCUGUUGCAAACCAUUUCACCUUCAAACGUUGCCGUGUUUAAGUUCCUUGAGUCCGUAAAGUGAGCUGCUGACGUCUUUGUUUGGACCUGAACCUCGUCGUGUCAGCAGGUGGACAGACACCCAGUCCCUCUUUCAUCGACCCCAUAUGAAAAGAAAAAGGCACUAAGGGAAAAACUCAGGCGCUUACUCUCACACCUGUCCACCUGCAGCACCUCCAAACCUCCACCAAUCACAGACGCCCUCCGAAAUGAAUCCUGAAUCCAUGUUGGAGUUUAGCCCCAUGUUUAAAAGAGAUGGCACUUGAGCGCGAGAGUUGAUUCCGAACCUUGGAAAUAUAAUCUCAACUCAAGGCUCACUUACUAGUUUUCCUCCAGAGCUUGAAGCUACAUCUCCUGGCGUUCACUGAGGGAGCUGAGCAGACUGUCUACUGACGACUGAGACGCAGUUAAAAGCUCCAGGAAAGUCUGGUGAGUGGACCUUGAGUUGAGUCAAAGCAGAAACUCAGAAUCCAUCGAGAGGAGCAGAACAGCCAGUCGGAUUUAACGGGUAGCGUAUGUCGUUACCACAGUAACCACAGGUGUCGCCAAAAUCAACCAGAAUUGAAAGCUUCAGGAUUAUAACUUGAGCCAGUGUAGUUGUCAUCGCCUGCUGUCAGCAGAGAUGGUUCCCAGUCACACCUGAACACAGUGCAAGCGUACGCAAAGCAGAAAAACUGCUCGCUCUGCUGUCAGUCUGUCCGUUUGUUCAACACUUAACUACUGACCAGGUUUACAUCAGUGAUGGGGGUGAACCCUGACCUCUUCUAGUGCAACCAUCAGGACAAAAUUUCCAAUUUUCUCUCCACUUGUGGUGAAACUCUCAGAAGGAUGUUGUGAUCAUGAGAAAAUCAUGAACUUUCAUUCAUCUUGAAGUAUGAUGACGACGACGAUGAUGAUGAUGAUGAUGAUGAUGAUGAUGAUGCAGAAUCGACCAGGUGAGGACACAGGAUGACGUUCUGUGAAGAGGCAGUGACUUUCUGACUCUGACAUCACGGUGACUGAGAGCGUCAACGUACAGUCGGAGAGUUCGCCAAUAAAACCUGAAGUCAAACUGCUUUUGGGAAUCUGAACGUGAAAAAAAAAAAAAAGGAACUCCAUUGGUCGAGUGUUGUAGCCGCGAGGUGACUGCUUAUGUGUCUUUUCAUCCUUGUUGUAUCAUACAGUUUUCCAGACAGUUAAACGACUGAACUUCUGUCAAAGAUCAGUUUUCUGUCCAUUUAAUUCAGGUCAGCAUUGGCUCUUCCCACCAAUCAUGAGUAAGCUCUGUAGUGACGGGGGGCCGGGGUUCGACGGGCGGUUGGCCGGUAAACGGUGAGCGAGGAAAAGGCCGGAACUGAUGUGUUUUAAGAGUCUGACGUGUUUGUCUCUCUGGCUGUUGGUGAGUUCAGAUUUUGGGCCUCGAGGUGAACUGGAGGUCCCUGCUUCCAUGUCAGGUGACCUUUAACCUUUAUUUUCUCCUGUUAGGGUAAACACGAGCUAGUUAAACUCUACUGCUUUUAGUCUUGUUCUUUUUUUUCUGUGUUGUCGCUCUAAAGUUAAAGUGUCGGUAUGUGAUGCUUCAGGACAAAUCGCCUCCAGCAGCAGCUCUACAUUCCCAUCGAGAAUGUACGUCUGAGCCACGCUCUCCAUCAUCUCCCGUCUCUUUAGUCCAGAUGAGUUUUGUUUUCUCUGGUCGCGUCUGGUGGAAGCUGCCUCGCUAACAGACUGUAGACUGAACACUGUAUCUGCUGGUGAAACUUUACAUGACUCUGUAACUCUGUACUUUUUAUUUUGUUGACCGUGUGUUUGAACUAAACGUAACUGUUGGCCCCGCCUGUUUCUGAUGUGUACACUAUGUAGAGAGAUGGACCUGCUGACGCACCACAGGAAGGUCCAGCUUUGAAUAGAAAUACUGUGAUGAUGGAGCCUGAUGUGUGUGCGGACAAGCAGUCAACAUUUGUUUUGAUGAAUAAAAAGGCCAAAUGGAAACUGAA